AUGCAAAUUUUUGUUAAAACUUUAACAGGUAAGACUAUUACCUUGGAGGUUGAGUCCUCGGACACCAUUGACAAUGUCAAGUCUAAGAUUCAAGAUAAAGAAGGUAUUCCUCCAGACCAACAAAGAUUAAUCUUUGCUGGUAAGCAAUUAGAAGACGGUAGAACUUUAUCAGACUACAAUAUUCAAAAGGAAUCUACCUUACACUUGGUCUUAAGAUUAAGAGGUGGUGGUAAGAAGAGAAAGAAGAAGGUUUACACCACCCCAAAGAAGAUCAAGAGAAAGCACAGAAAGCACAAGUUGGCUGUCUUGACCUACUACAAAGUUGAUAACGAUGGAAAGGUUGAGAGAUUAAGAAGAGAAUGUCCUUCUGCUACUUGUGGUGCUGGUAUCUUCAUGGCUGACAUGAAAGACAGACAAUACUGUGGUAAAUGUCAUGUUACCUUCAAGUUGAACUAA